UCACAGAGCUCUCAGAAGCCACAGCUCCUCCAGAGAGGCAGCUUCAGCAGGCCAAAUAAAAAAGUGCUCAGCAAUUUUAAAAAUGUCUAAUCUGUCUGGCAGCCCAGAGGAUGUGGUGAAGCAGCGAGGCAGAGAUGGCAAGAUGAGAAGAGAGGACCUGGAUGAUUCCCAACCCGAGGGGAAGAGGUUGAAGCUGGGGAAUGAAGGAAGAAACAGUGGGAAGGAAGGAGAAGCAGCAGAAGAAAUCAUGCCAUGUUUGGACAGAGAAGAUCCUGUGCCCCAAGCAGUUGGUGAAGGCAAAAGUGACUAUAAAUCUGAUGGUAUGGCUUUGGCUUCCAGUGCCAGGAACAGUCCUCAAGGUCCAGUAUUGACAACACUGGCUGUCAGCAAAGUUGAGAAAAUCACACACUGA